AUGUUGACAUUUCUUCGGAAAUACCGCUCUUGCAACAUUACGCGGCGUUUUUUGUGGGUGUUAAAAUUAUCAGUGCCGCAACAGUGUCAUUGUUCAUUGUUGUGUAGAACAACUUCUGUUUUAUUCUUAAUUUACCAGUAAAAAGUUGUCGGAACACUCCUAAUUGCCGGAGAAAUUUCUUCAGCAGUUAACAUGGCAGCAGCAUCGGGAUCUGUCUUUGCUUUUCUGGGUCCCUUGGAAGCAUGCUUUGCUUUGAUCGGAACACUGAUUGUGAUCUCUUUUGUGAUAUGCACGUUGUAUUUCUUGGGGAAGAACAUUUACGUGUUUUUCUUUGCUGAACGCCUUGGGCAUACCGUGGAUUUCAAGAAUCUUGGAGAAUGGGCUGUUGUGACGGGGGCUACGGAUGGGAUUGGGAAGGGAUACGCUCUGGAUUUGGCGCGGAGAGGUUGCAACAUCAUUUUGAUUAGUCGGUCGGAAGAGAAGCUGCGCAAUGUUGCGAAAGAAAUUGCUUCGAAGUAUAAUGUGCGGACACGCAUCGUUGUGGCCGAUUUUUCUUCGGAUGAGACGAUCUACGACAAAAUUAAAUCGGAUCUCGAAGGACUGGAAAUUGGAACGCUGAUUAACAACGUUGGUGUGGGUGCCCCGUAUCCGGAAUAUUUUCACAGAAUGGUCGGUGGCGAUCAGACUGCGUUGAAUAUGAUUCGCGUCAACUGUGUCGCACAGACCUUGAUGACGCGGAUUAUCUUGCCGCAAAUGGUCGCUCGAAAGAAAGGAGUCAUUGUCCACUUGUCUUCUGGUGCCGGAAGUGCUCCCGUUCCUAUGCUUGCCGAAUAUUCCGCCACGAAAGCAUUCAAUGAUUUCUUGGGACGGGCGUUGCAGCAGGAGUAUGAGGACCAAGGCAUUAUUUCUCAAGUAAUUAUGCCUUACGUGGUGGCCACGAACAUGUCGGGAAUGAAGAAGACGAAUUUAUUUAUUCUGGAAUCCGAAAGCUAUGCUCGAAGCUGCUUGAAUAGCGUUGGAUUUCUCCCGCGCACAAAUGGCCACCCGUCCCACUGCAUCCAGAACUGGUUAGGCUCGAUGAUUCCCUACUUUUUGCGCGCUAGAUUGAUGCGCUCUAUGAUGGAAAAGUGGCGAGAUAUGUCGAUUGCUAAACUGAAAAAGAAGGGCGAAUAUAAAGGCGAAUAACUUGAACGUCUGCAACACCUAUAAUUAUUAUUAUUGGUUUUUCGUUGAAGUCCGGUUUUUUGUGUUUGUGGUAGCCUCGACGUUUUCAGGUGUCAGACUUUUCUUUCAGCUCAUCCUAAUUGCAGUUUGAGAGUACCGGGUACGCUUGAUUUUUUCGAUUCCUUCGUAUUUUUCUUGUUAGUGACAUAUUUACCACUGGAAGUCGCCACCUUGAAAUUUGAUUUUUCUCGGCGCUGACGGUUACGGGUGAGGGUUUUGAUUGCAAUAAAUUUUUAGUGCUUCUGGAA